AUGUCCUCAGUUGAAGAAUCCCCCGCUCAGAGAGCAGCUCGCCAGCGCCGUGAGCGUCGCGAAGCCAAGAUCAAAGAAGGCGGCGCCGCUCGUCUGGACAAAAUCACCAGCUUGAGUGGACGCACUCCUGCUGCCGAACGACAAGACCAAGAUGCCUCCCCCUCUCCGUCUCCUCAACCCCCUACGUCCUUCUCCUCAGGACUAGACACGCAACCAUCGCCAUCUCCAUCCCCAGCCGCCGCCGCGAAUAAUCAAUCCGUACCCCCCAUCGCACCCACCCACCCCUUCCCCGACACGCAGGCCCAAUCGCCCGAAUCUCUACAAGCCCAACAAGAAGCCUUCCGCGCACUGCUUCGCCAGAGCGGCCCGCCCCCUGGCAACAACCAAGGCGCCGGCGGCGUCGGCAGCGACCUCACCAACAGCCUCGGCCUCGACGAAGACGACCCGACCGUCAGGCUCCUCAACUCGCUCAUGGGCGGGAUGGCCGCAGGCGAAGGAGGACCCAGCGCCGGCAACAACGGCAAUGGGCCGGCCAUCUCGCAAGCCGACCUCGCGACCGCGUUGGGUCUCCCGCCGUUCGUCGCAAGCAUGCUCCCCGGCGGAUCCCAACCGCAGACCGAAUCCGAGAAGAAGGCCAUCUGGACGUGGAAGAUCAUGCACGUGGUAUUCGCCAUCGCUGUGGGUGUCUACUUCCUCGUGUUGCUGGGCUCGUCGGUCUCGUUGUACGGCGAGGUGCCGCCGCCGCCGGCGACGGCGCGCAGUCCGUUCUUGUUCUUCACGACGGGCGAGAUGGUCAUGACGGGGGCGAGGGUAUUCAUGAGACGAGGGAACGGACAGGCUGGGCUGGGGAUGUAUUUCCAUUUGUUUCGCGAUGUGGUGAGGGAUGGGAGCUUGGUUGUGUUUUUGUUGGGGAUGGGUGCUUGGUGGAAUGGGGAGUGGACGGCUUGA